AUGGCUGACAGCGGCAGCCAUGUGAGCAAGAGCAGCGGGAACAGCACGGGGAAGGGAGCGGUGUCGGCGGAACAGGUAAUUGCUGGCUUUAAUCGCCUUCAGCAGGAGCAGAGAGGCUUGGCAUCCAAAGCAGCUGAGCUGGAGAUGGAACUGAAUGAGCACAGCCUAGUGAUUGAUACCCUGAAGGAAGUGGACGAAACUCGCAAGUGCUACCGAAUGGUUGGAGGCGUGCUGGUGGAGCGGACUGUCAAAGAAGUGCUGCCUGCCUUGGAGGGUAACAAAGAGCAGAUUCAGAAGAUCAUCGAGACACUGUCACAGCAGCUUCAGGCAAAGGGGAAAGAACUCAAUGAAUUUCGGGAAAAGCACAACAUUCGUCUUAUGGGGGAAGACGAGAAGCCAGCAGCCAAGGAGAACUCAGAAGGGGCUGGGGCGAAGUCCAGCUCAGCAGGAGUGCUGGUCUCUUAGGAACUAAGGCCUCUACAUUUUUUUUCAUCCUGAUACCCACUACUAAUUUCUUUUUAUUGUUGUUGUUGUUGUUGUUAUUGUUAUUGUUAUUAUUUUCUCUGCUAUUGUAAUAUUUUUUGUUAAUUAAAUGUUUUGGUCAGAAAAAAAAAUA